UGAAGUGGUAAACGAACAGAUCGAAUCCGAACCGCGAAGAUCCUGAAGUGCGGACUAGCCGAGAGAGAUUCGCGUCCACGAAGAGCUACAGGUGGUUCUUGAUUUGGAAAUUCUUUACCGGUUGGUCUGCGUUUGGUUGUGUGGGGAAUUGGGAAUUUUUAUCCUCUAGAGGCUUUGACUCUCAUAUCCACAUAGUUAGAAGCUGCCUAUUUAUAUGCUGUACACGAACAAACACGGAGUUCCAUCGGUUUCGAAUUCUCGAAAACAUGUUCCAGAACAGUUCAGGAUGGAGUUUUCAAAAUCUCAACCAUUGUUUUUAAUUAAUUGGUUCAGAUUUUGUGCCCUCAGCAUUUAACACCUCUAGAGGAUACUGAUCUAUCCAGAGUGGAUACAAGGUUUGCAAAAGUUGUUGGAAUUGGUUGCACUUUGGAGCUGCAACUUGACAGUAAAUGGCGAGGAUCAAACCUCAAGCUCUGCUACAGCAAAGCAAAAAGAAGAAGGGGCCGAAUCGAAUAAGUGUCACCACUAUCAUACUGUGCAAUUUGAUUGUUGUGUUGAUUGUGUUUUUCGUGUUUACUACAUACAGACAUUGGUCUCAAAGGUCAAGACUUCAAACAGAGAGUCGCUCAUCAGUUUCUAAGGAUGAGGAUGCUUUUGUGGAUUCAAAGAAAUCUGAUGUCCCUGGAUAUGCUGUUUUGAAUACCGCAAAAGGUGAUAUAACAGUGGAACUUUACAAGGAAAGUUCUCCUGAGGUUGUUGACGAAUUCAUUGACCUAUGUCAAAAGGGCCACUUCAAGGGGAUGCCUUUUAACCGUGUUAUAAAACACUUUGUGAUUCAAGCAGGGGAUAAUAAAAAGGUAGGAGCUGCAGAAGAUUGGACUUUAAGAGGAAAGCAUUACAAUCAUCUUGACACAAGCAGUAUGAAACAUGAGGCAUUUAUGCUUGGAACUUCCAAGGGUAAACGCAAUGACAGAGGAUUUGAGCUUUUCAUCACAACUGCACCAAUCCCGGAUUUAAGCGAGAAGCUUAUUGUAUUUGGGCGGGUCAUCAAGGGAGAGGAAGUUGUUCAGGAAAUUGAGGAGGUGGAUACAGAUGAAAACUAUCAACCUAAAGCUAAUAUCGGGAUCAUCAAGGUGAGUCUGAAGCAGAAAAUCUGAAGGCCGUGCCAUUCUCAAUUAAGAGCAUUUUAGUCUCUGCUUCUUUCUCUCCAGAUAACUAUGUUCACAGGCACUAUAGUGCACCUUGGAACUGUCAUCUCGGGGUUGCAGUGAAGGAUUAAGACCAUGAUACUUCUCUCAGUUUUGUUUUUGUUGCAUAUUUAUGGCAGAUAAUGAAAAGCUUAUUGAUUCUUUCUACGUAACGUGGUUCCAAGGCUUUAUAUACACUUAUAUUUUGUAUUGGAAAUUGGAUGUAAUUUUCACAUGGGUUGAUGAGGUUAGGGUAGGAAUCUGUGAUUUAUACAAUGAUGUAUCCAAAGAUGAAGGUGUUGUGCAGCUUUGGUUGGAAAUGUAUGAAAUCAAAGAUGAUGUUACUCUUUUCUAUUUGCAA